UCUCUUUCUUCCACCCCUCUCAUCCCAGAGAAGAAGGGGGGAAAGUCAUUAGGCACAAAUGGGGAGGAGAGAGCUAGCGGUUGCUAUAGCCAUGAAAGUCAGGGCAGAGCUCGGAGCCACUGAGAGAAAGUGAGAGGACUGCACUGGGGAAUAUCUGCACAGGGAAUACAAUACAUUUUCAGCUCAUUAAGCUGGAUAAACAAAUGGCUUACUGUAGGAGAUUCUGAGAGCCAUUGACUUCAGCAGGAAGACACUGGAAAAUCAGUACAUCCAGACGGGCGGCGGAUGAGCAUAAAUGGAAUCUUAUGAAAUUCACUUGAAGACGCCAGCAGGCUCCCUAAGUGCAACGCUCGUCUUGGGAUAAAUUGAUGUGGAGGACCAGUGGCGCGUUAGAGGCAAGAUGGGAAACGCAAUGCGAGGUGUCAUCGCCUUCAUUCCCUCAGAACGCUGCCAACGCUUCUUAGUCGGGGACCUGAAGGAGAUGCCACUGGAUCGUACCCUGGACCUGAGCAGUCGGCAGUUGCGUCGGCUACCUGUUGCUGCCUGUGCCUUCAACGAGCUGGUGAAGCUUUACCUGAGUGACAACAACCUCAGCAGCUUACCGGCGGAUCUGCAGGGCCUCAAGAAGCUGCAACUCCUGGCCCUCGACUUUAACUGCUUUGAGGAGCUGCCUGCAGCUGUUUGCCAAUUGCCCCAGCUCAGCAUCCUUUACCUCGGUAACAACAGGCUUUACCACCUCCCGAGAGAACUGAGCGAGCUUAAGGAACUUAGUACUCUCUGGCUGGAGACUAAUUGCUUCACUGUUUUCCCUAAGGUGAUUUGUGAGCUCUCAAAUCUCAAGACCCUGCACUUCGGGUAUAACCAGGUACGGAGUUUACCGAAAGAACUUGGACAGCUGGAAGAGCUCCGAAGUAUCUGGCUUGCCGGUAACCAGCUGACAGAGUUCCCUUCGGUGUUGCUGGAAAUGCAUUUUCUCGCCGUCAUUGACGUGGACCGGAAUAAAAUACGACACUUCCCGGGCCUUUCUCACUUGCAGGGGUUGAAACUUGUCAUAUAUGACCACAACCCGUGCGUUAACGCCCCAGCAGUGGGUGAAGGAGUCAGAAGGGUCGGGCGCUGGGCCGACAGCUCAGAUGACGACCAGGAAGACGACGGCUCGAAAGCGGUGGGUGAGACUACAGCCGAGGUCACAGAAGUCCACUCUGAAGAGCAGCAAAAUAUUUAAGGUCAAGAAACGGCGUGACCUUUAGCUGUGGUGAGACAUUAUUGGCAGACUUCUCACUUGAGUGGCGUCCUGGAGCACUUAAAGCCCGAGUGGCGCAUUGUACAUCAGGCUCAUGGUAUUUGGUCCAUAUAUGGUGAAGCUAGACAUAGGAGUUUUAAUUGAAACCACAAAGUGUGAAAGACUAAAUUGUAAUUCUGAGAUAAACGUAACACGUUUGCUAAUUAAAAGUGUAUGCAAUAUUAGUGUCUUGCGGUAAUUUGCGAAACUUUAUAUAUCACGAAACGAUUAGUCACAACAAAAGCAGGGCUAUGAAGUGUUAUUCAUUUGCACAAACAACAGACUUAUAGUCACAAUGUUUCAAAAUAGUUGAUCUUAUGGUGCAAAUGUGAAUAAUACAGGUAUUAAAAUGUUAAAUGUUCUUUCUGAUGAAUAACAUGAUGUUUUUGCAGUACAGUGAUUAUAUUUGACUAUAGUCAUACAUGUAGCUGUGGUAUCAUGUGAAAGACGGUUAAUCACCUGGAUGUCAGUCGGUGUAAAGCAUGAUCAUAAUUAACCCCAGCUCAGUGUGACAUAGUAUCUGUACCUGCUGAGGCUAAAAACAGUUCGGGUUUUGAUGCAAGCGACGGAUGAUUGAGGUCGAUUAGUGCACUCUUUAUCCAGGCCGAUGCAUAAUUCAUCUGAUAGGCUGUGGCUUGGAAUAAAGACCGCUAAUGGUCCUUUAAUAUCAUCACCAUAAGGCUCUGGUUUGAAUGAUAUCAUCGUGGGGCUUUGCGACUCUCCAGCGUACCGGGAAAGAGUUACGUAAACAAGAUGAAAUUCUAGAGUCGCAACAUACGAUUUUAAGACCAUUUGAACAUAAUGUAAAGGGGUCUGCAUGUCUGCAUUUCUGGAAAUGUGAUUAUUUCACUGAACUUCUGUAUGUCACGCUUUCAUUCAGCUUUCUAUUUAACACCGAAGCUACUGUAUGUAUACCUUUUUUCAGGUUUAACAGACACAUAUAAAGACUCCCUUGUGUUUUAUCAGCCAACAUUAAGAUUAAAAGAUUUUUCUUCUA